CUGCACUUUUAUUCGAGUGUAAACAGCGCCAGAAUUCGUUGUUUGUUUCUAUUUUUAUGUUUGUAGUUUUUUUGAAACUAAAAAAAAAUGGAAAAUUCCGGACUGGUUAAAUUUUAUAGCUGGAAUCUGUUUAUUGUUGAUGUUUAGCUUGGCGAAAAGCCAGAAAAUCUGAAACCGCUUAAUUCUUUCAACCUUGCCGCUUUAGCUCAAUGAAUAACCUAAUUAGCACAUAUAUGUACAACAUCGCACAAUUCGCGUUUUAACUAACCGAGUUUUCAAUGUUAAACGGUGAUAACAAAAUAAAUGACUGGAAGUGUUUGAGUUUCGCAGUUUUGUGUGGCAACAAUACUGAAACAGGUUGCAGAUAACACAAACAUGAAGAAAUGGAGGCGGGCGUCGUGAAGAUAGCGGAGGACAGCGACUUCGACAUGCUGAAGAAGCUGGUCGACGAUCACCUCAACUGGAAGCUCGACUACGAUAAGGGCGAGGAAGUGAAGGUAUGGACCAAAUCGACGAAAAACUGCUGUUUCAAAAUGGUCAAAGUACAAUCAGUCUUCCACAACGUAUCUCCGAACACCAUGUUUGAUGUCUUACAUGACCCCGAUUACAGAAAAGACUGGGAUGAACACAUGCUGGCCUCAAUAGAAAUAGGUUAUCUCAAUCCAAACAAUGACGUCGGUUACUACGCUUUAUCAUGUCCCGCACCCGUAAAAAACCGCGACUUCGUGCUACAACGGUCUUGGCUAGACCUAGGGGAGGAAAAACUCAUCCUGAACCAUUCAGUCCACCACAAGGACUAUCCUCCGAGGAAAGGUUUCAUCAGGGCCACAUCGCACCUGACGGGGUUCGUGGUGAGGUACCACGAACGAGGCUGCUUCCUGGGCUACAUCUCGCAGACCGACCCCAGAGGCAAGUUGCCCAUAUGGUUGGUGAAUAAAAUCACGCAAAAAUUCGCACCGAAAGUGGUAAAGCAGCUAAAGAAGGCAGCUGAAGGGUACGAAUCGUGGAAAGUGUCACAGAAGGAUCCGCUACGAAAGCCUUGGAUUUACCCAGAGCUGACGUUAUUGUCGGCCAAAAUAUCAACAAAUGACUGUGUGCCAAGCAAUUUUACGAACGUAGACGAUGACGAAUCCGAAUAGCGUUAAAACAUCUAUAUAGCGACUAAUAAAAUGAGGAUAUUUUAGUAGUAGAUCUUUUUUCAUUAUCAAGCGGGUAACUAGAGUUUAAGUGAAAAGUAUUUAGAUUAGAGAACUGGAAUUUGGGACCAGUGCCCGAAUUUCGUCUUUACUAGAGUGUAUUAUUUCCGUAAAUUAGUAUUUUGAUAGUAUUAAAGUUGACAUUAAUUUAUAGAUCUAGUCUGUUGUUAAUACAUUGUUGAGGAUUUUGAAACUAAAAAUCAAAUUUUUCUAUAAAUAUAUCGCACAUUGAAGAUUGUUAUGACCGUACGGCCUCUCACGUUGAUUAAGAACGGCAGUGAUAAUAAUUGUAGAAAAUGAGUUUUCCUAGUCUAUACUCCUUGAAUUCAUUGUGUCACCACGUGACUAAUUUACUCAUUCGAACACUCCGAGCACCGACUUAGUAGCUUCUCUAGAAUAACGAAGCAGCGCACUUAAAUUUAAAACUGAACUUAGAGCGAGUGUGACUCGAAUCAGGGAAGGAAAAGUUUACAUAAUUGUUUUAAAUAUAAAACGAAGAGCUUGCCCUAAUUUAGCUUUAAAUUUAUUACUGUCAUUGAAAUUAUUUUUGUAAAAUGAUUGUUUUCCAUAAUUUAUAGUAUUUGAAGGAACGUAUACUUAAACCUGUCAAACAUUUAUAUAUUAGUUGAUAAUUUAUAUAACGAAUUAAAACUAUUUUGCAACUGCGGAAUAAAAAAUGUAUUACGAAAUGAAAAUAAAUAUCUUGAAAUAAAAAAUAAAGAAA